GGAUUGGUAUUAAUGAGAUUUAUUAUAAAAUGAGGAAAUACUGUUUAAAUUUUUCAAAAAUAAUAGUGAUAUUAUUAGUAUUGUUAAGCGAUAGUUUGAAGGUUGAAAGCAAGAGGAUUGGAACAUUGAAAAAGUAUAAUGAAAGGAAAAUUUGUAAAAUCAAUUCAAAUUUGGAGAAAUCGUUUUAUGGGGUAACAGUAUCAAGACAAUAUAUAAUUUUGAACAAUGAGGCGCCAUUGAAUAAUUUCAAUUCUAUCAGUUUAUGUUUAAAUAACGAAUUACAAUGGGAGGUUUUAAAUUUAUUGAAUAACCGGAAAAAGUUGUUUGAGUGGGACAAACCUUAUUGUUCAUUAGUUAAUAAAGAUAAAGAUAAAGAUAAAGAUAAAGAUAGAAAAAUUAAUAGGAAUCUUGAAGAAUUUUUUAAGAAAAAAAAGGUUAAUGAUAUUAAAAAUGUUGAGAAUCAUGCAAGACCAUUGAUAACUAUAAAUAAAGAAGUUAGCAAUAAGGUUAGUGAUAAAAGUGAUAAGAAUAAGAUUGAUGGGAAGUUGGAAGUUUCGUGGAAAAGUGUAAUAGAAUUAGAUGGAGAUGGAAUUAAUAAGCGAUCUAAAGACAGUGAGCAGUAUGAAAAUAAGGAUAUUGAGUGUUACAAAUUUGCCAGAAGAAGAGAGUAUGUUAAAAGAAGAGACGUUUGGAGCCCAAUGGAGUGGAUUGGAGGAUUGUUUAAAUGCGAAUUGAGAGAGGAGGAUAAGAUAAAGUUAUAUCAACGAGAAAAGUUGAGUGAGAAUUAUCAAGCAGUUGGUAAUUUAAGGUGUUCCAAUAAUUUGACCAAGGGAAUAAGUCCCUUGAUUUCGGAAGAUUUAAGUUUACAAUGGAUCGAGAAGAUGAAGGGUGAUGAGGGCGAAGAUGAUGGUGAUGGUGAUGGUGAUGGUGGUGGUGGUGGUGGUGGCGAGGAAGAUGAAGGCGAAGAGUACUAUCAAGUAAAGAGAGUGCCAUUAUUUUACACAAUUGAUGAAGAGGUUGAUGAGAGUUGGAGGGAGGGAAUCGAUGUUAAUGAGGAGUAUAAUUUUGAGGAAGAGGAGGAGGAGGAUGGUGAAAGACGAGUUGAGGUUUUGUUGCGGUUGAUGGAUAGGAUCAUUGAGAAGGAUGAAGUUGAGUACUUGCCAUGGAAUUUAAAGAAAAACAAUGAUAAUUUAAAAAGUAGUAAGAUGUCGUGUUUAUUGUCGAAUUUGAAUCUCGAGCAAAAGUUUGUGAAUCUUAUGGGGACUUUGCCCAGCUGGCGAGUGGAAAGGUAUUACGAGGAGAUAGAAGGGAUAUGGCGAGGGUAUUUGGAAUUGAGAAGAUAAUCGUAUUCGUCAUUAUAUAUAGAUAGAAAUAUAGAUAUAGAUAUAGAUAUAG